AUGAACAUUCAGCAGCUAUUCGCGUUCAUUGCCCUGUUGUUAGCGCCGGCAGAGCAGACGACACGAUCUCACAGCUACACCUUUGACGAGGAGAGCCGCAUUAUUGGUGGUGUAGACGCAUCCAUCAGCGAUUUUCCAUACGUCGCGAGUGUGCGUAUCGACGGCAUCACGGUCUGCGCUGCCACGCUCAUUGCACCACAGUACCUUUUGACAACGGCGCAUUGCGUCAGGACGGACGAAAUAACUAUGACUGCUUCUUUUGAUACGAUAUAUCGCUUUGGCAAUGAUGGCGAAGAGGUAGCAAUCGACACAGGCUUUAAGCACCCAUUGUACAACAAGAAAAUGCACAAGUAUGACGUGGGUCUGCUCAAAUUAAUGGAGCCACGAAAGCAAAAAAUAGCUUCUUUGCCCGCCGCUGAUGGCUCGGACGAAAAAGUCGGCACGAUGGCCAUCAUUCUUGGCUGGGGUCAAACGGCGACGGAAGAUAGUAGUUUUAAGCUACAGUCUGCCAGUAUUCCUAUUAUCUCACAUGAAGAAUGUAACAAGUUUGAGUCGUACAAAGAUCAGCUCUCGGAUGGUAUGCUUUGCGCUGGCGACGGCAACGGCAAGGGCUCGUGCAGAGGCGACUCAGGCGGCCCUCUUAUCGCUAAUGAUGUCCUUGUCGGUUUCGUUAGCUGGGCAGGUGAACACUGCGGCAAAGAACCUGGCGUGUACACUCGCAUAUCGUCUGUGUUGGACUACAUUCAGAGUGUCCUCGAUGGUGACGAAGACGAAAAUGCCUUACGUGUAAAGCCAGCUUCAUCGGCAGAGCAGACUUUUUAG